UAGUCGGCUGCUCUUCUUCAGUAACCAGCCAUGAUCCUCCAGACGGCUGUGCUCAGCGUGUUCUUGUGCUUCGCCCACACUUUUGUUAUAGAGGCACCUUUUAAAAAAAGUGUUGAAAACUCCGGAAACAACGCUGAGGAUGAUGAUUUCAGUAUCUCGACACUGCUGGAGAAGGCUAAUGCUAAUCUUGGAAAGAAUUUGGAUGAACCUCUAGUCAUGUUUGGAGACAUAGCAGUGCCAACAGGUCUACAGAACGCUGAUCCGUGUACGGCUCGAGGCUGUUUGUGGCCUAAAAGCAACAAUGGCAGAGUCUUUGUACCUUAUCGAAUCUCCGACCAGUACUCCCGCAGGGAACGUGACGUCAUCGAGCAAGGUCUGAGGUCAUUUGAAGCAGCCACGUGCGUCAGCUUUAGGCCCCAGAGCAGAGAAAGAGACUUUCUGGACAUUCAGUCUCGUGGUGGGUGUUACUCUUUUGUUGGGCGUCGUGGUGGUGGCCAGAUAGUGUCACUGAGUCGCCAGGGCUGUGUUUUCCACCAGAUAGUCCAACACGAGGUGCUCCAUGCCCUGGGCUUCGACCAUGAACAGACUCGUUCAGACAGAGACCAACAUGUACGCAUCUUACUAGAGAACGUCAUUCCAGGGAUGGAGCAUAACUUUAGGAAAAUCAACACAAGGAACCUUAAUACUCCCUAUGACUACAACUCUGUUAUGCACUAUGGAAGGUUUGCCUUCUCAAGCAACAGGGAGCCAACCAUCGUUCCCAUACCCGAUGAGAAUGUAGCCAUUGGCAGAGCUACAGCGAUGAGUGCCAAUGACAUCCUUCGAGUGAAUCGCCUUUAUAACUGCAGCUCAAAUGCACCCAAACCUGUGCAAAGGAACAAGUUGUUCUAGAAAAAGUAAAAAACCAAGUGAUGGGAGAGAUUGAUGCAGUUUGAAUUUUAGGCUUUUUGAUUUAAUUUAAACAAAUUUGCCUGAGAAAUGAAAAUGUAUCAUUGACUAUACUUUUCACCUGUCCAUUGACUUAAUCCCAAUCACAUUUGUGUAACUGCUAGUCAGCUGUAUGAAAUACUAAAAAAUGAACA